CACCUCACCACCUCCCCCUCCUAUAACUCCUCUUCUCUAAGCCUCAAAGGUGAUAACAUAAUUAAAAACCCAUCCAUCCCUCCUAUUGACUCCCUCCCUCUCUCCCUCUUCUUUUUCUCUGUUGCUCAAAAUAAGCAAUCCAUCAAACAAGAUGAGAAUGAUAGACUUGGGCAGCCACGGCGGCCCCCUCGGCAUCAUCGACACGUCGACCGCCGUCGACUGCACCAAGGACGUCCGCUUCCGCCGCUCCUUCCGCUCCCUCGUCGAGUGCAUGGUCCCAUGCUGCGGCUUCCAGCCCGCCGCCGACGACUCCUCCGACACCACCUCCUCCACCACCACCGUCACCGGUACCUUCUUCGGCUACCGCCGCGGCCGCGUCAGCUUCUGCCUCCACGAUGACUCCUCCUCCUCCUCCCGCGCCGCCGCCCCACUCCUCCUCCUCGAAUUCGCCGUCCCCACCGCCUACCUCGCCCGGGAGAUGCAGCACGGCCUGCUCCGCAUCGCGCUCGAGUGCGACCGGGCUCGCGCCCGCUCCGCCUCGCUCUUCAGCGUGUCGGCGUGGUCGAUGUACUGCAACGGCCGGAAGAUGGGCUUCGCCGUCCGGCGGCAGAUGAGCGAGGGGGAUGCGGCGGUAUUUAAGCUCAUGCAGUCGAUAUCGGUCGGCGCCGGAGUUCUCCCCGGCGAGUCCAAGUCCGGCGACGGGGACCUCAUGUUCCUGAGGGCGAGUUUUAAGCGAGUCGUUGGCUCGAUGGACUCGGAGUCGUUUCAUAUGAUAAACCCCGCGGGAAGCACCGGGCAGCAGUUGAGUAUUUUUCUCUUAAGAACGUAGGUCUGUAAGCAUACUUUGUGCACGCUAUAUUGGCCAGAUGGUUGGGUGGAUUUGCGGAGUUAAUCUUGUACUAUAUUGGUAUCUGAAAUUUUCAACUUUUCCUUUUUUUUCCAGCUUCCAUUAAGAUGAUAAAAUAUUGGUAAAAUGUUAUAUGUGACUCCCAGAGCA